AUGCUAGAAGGCAAGGCAGUUGUUGGUGAGACUGAUAUGCUUCUGACAAUGCAACAAGAUGCUCUUGAUCAUGCAGCCAAAGCCCUUGAUUUCUUUGACGUCACAGAGGCUACUGAGAUUGCUUGUUUCAUUAAGAAGCAAUUUGAUACGGCAUAUGUACCAGGAUGGCAAUGCAUUAUAGGAACAGAUUUUGGGUCAUUUGUGACACACUGCUGUGGAUGUUUUAUUUAUUUUCAGAUUGGCAGCCUCCCAAUUUUGCUUUUUAGGGGCUCUGCUGGUCUUAAGCGGCCUUGGACACAGUGA